UGUUCCUUCCUCCUCAAGCAGGUUCGCCUGUACUUGUCAAAAUGGCUCAACUCCUGAAUAGCAUACUCAGUGUGAUUGACGUAUUCUACAAAUAUGCCAAAGGGAAUGGGGACUGUGCCUUACUAUGCAAGGAAGAGUUGAAACAACUGCUCUUGGCUGAGUUUGGAGACAUCCUCCGGAGACCAAAUAACCCAGAGACUGUGGAAACCAUCUUGAACCUCUUAGAUCAAGACCGAGAUGGACAUGUUGAUUUUCAUGAGUACCUCUUGUUGGUGUUCCAGUUGGUCCAAGCCUGCUAUCGUAAGCUAGACAAUAAGUCACAUGGAGGCAGGACCUCACAGCAAGAAAGGGGGCAGGAAGGAGCACAAGACCGUAAGUUCCCAGGAAACACAGGCAGACAACACAGACAGAGGCACGAGGAAGAAAGGCAGAACUCCCACCACAGUCAGCCUGAGAGACAAGAUGGAGAUUCCCACCAUGGGCAGCCUGAGAGACAAGACAGAGAUUCUCACCAUGGUCAGUCUGAGAAACAAGACAGAGAUUCCCACCAUGGUCAGCCUGAGAGACAAGACAGAGAUUCUCACCACAAUCAAUCUGAGAGACGAGACAAGGAUUUCAGCUUUGAUCAGUCGGAGAGACAAAGUCAAGACCCCAGCUCUGGUAAAAAAGUGAGUCACAAAUCUACCAGUGGCCAGGCUAAAUGGCAGGGACAUGUCUUUGCCUUAAAUCGGUGUGGAAAACCAGUUCAGGAUUCUCAUUAUGGUCAGUCUGAAAGACUUGCACAACAAUCUGAAACACUUGGACAAGCCUCUCGCUUUAACCAGACAAAUCAACAGAAAUCAGGCUCUUAUUGUGGACAGUCUGAGAGGCUGGGUCAGGAAUUAGGCUGUGGUCAGACAGACAGACAAGGCCAGAGUUCCCACUACGGUCAGAUGGACAGACAAGACCAGAGUUAUCAUUAUGAUCAGACAGACAGACAAGGCCAGAGUUCCCACUACAGUCAGACAGACAGACAAGGCCAGAGUUCCCACUACAGUCAGCCAGACAGACAAGGCCAGAGUUCCCACUAUGGUCAGACAGACAGACAAGACCAGAGUUAUCAUUAUGGUCACCCAGGCGGACAAGGCCAAAGUUCCCACUAUGGUCAGAUGGACAGACAAGGCCAGAGUUCCCACUAUGGUCAGAUGGACAGACAAGGCCAGAGUUCCCACUAUGGUCAGACAGACAGACAAGGCCAGAGUUCCCAUUAUGGUCAGACAGACAGACAAGGCCAGAGUUCCCAUUACGGUCAGACAGACAGACAAGGCCAGAGCUAUCAUUAUGGUCAGACAGACAGACAAGGCCAGAGUUCCCACUAUAUUCAAUCACAGACUGGGGAAAUACAAGGGCAAAAUAAGUACUUCCAAGGGACUAAAGGAACAAGAAAAGCCUCUUAUGUUGAACAAUCAGGAAGAUUAGGGAGGCUAAGUCAACAGACUCCAGGACAGGAAGGGUACCAAAACCAGGGACAGGGAUUCCAGUCUAGGGACUCACAGCAGAACAGCCACCAGGUAUGGGAGCCUGAAGAGGAUAGCCAACACCACCAACACAAACUCUUAGCACAAAUCCAACAAGAAAGACCACUUUGUCACAAAGGGAGAGACUGGCAAUCAUGCAGUAGUGAGCAGGGCCACAGACAGGCCCAGACCAGGCAGAGUCAUGGUGAGGGGCUGAGCCACUGGGCAGAGGAAGAGCAGGGCCAUCAAAGUUGGGAUAGACACAGCCAUGAGGGUCAGGAAGGUCCACGUGGGACACAGGACAGGCGAACCCAUGAAGAUGAGCAGAACCAUCAGAGACGAGACAGACAAACACAUGAAGAUGAACAGAGCCGUCAGAGACGAGACAGGCAAACCCAUGAAGACGAGCAGAACCAUCAGAGACGAGACAGGCAAACCUAUGAAGACGAGCAGACCCAUCAGAGACGAGACAGGCAAACCCAUGAAGACGAGCAGGACCGUCAGAGACGAGACAGGCAAACCCAUGAAGACAAGCAGACCCUUCAGAGACAAGACAGGCAAACCCAUGAAGACAAGCAGAACCGUCAGAGACGAGACAGGCAAACGCACGAAGACGAGCAGAACCGUCAGAGACGGGACAGGCAAACCCAUAAAGACGAGCAGAACCAUCAGAGACGAGACAUGCAAACCCAUGAAGAUGAGCAGAACCAUCAGAGACGAGACAGGCAAACCCAUGAAGAGGAUCAAAACCAUCAGCAACAACAUAAUAGACAAAACUAUGAGGAGAAAGAGAGGUAUCAAGGAUCUCAGAAUCAAAAAUCCCAAGUGACCCAGAGAAGCUGUCCUAACAGAGAAAAAUUCCACAUGAAAGAGGAUGACCAGAGCCAAGGCUCACAGAAAAGACACACUGAACCAUCCUUCUAUCCAACCCAGAGCAGUGGGAGUCCCCAAAGCAGAGAACAGCGUGGUCACCCUACCAAGGGAGCUACUGUUCCCAACCCCCUCUAUGACUAUGUGCAAGAGCAGAAAUCCUACCAGUACUAGGCUAUGUGAGCACCAGAGGUAAAGCAACACAAAGCCAAAAAAGAAAUCUAU